AUGGCUUUCGACUGGCUAUCUGUUUCAACCCAGCUCCUCCAUUAUCCCGAGGAACAGAAGAAGGGUUGGGGAUAUGUCCUUUAUCGUACGACCUACAGUCUUGAUUCAAAUACAGUCUUUCCAAAAAUGAUUGAUGUAAUCAACACGCAUCUCAAACUUGGUCUCUAUUCCGAGUGCGCCUCAAAACUGGCCAAAUUCCCGCCGAACAAAAGUUCCACACCAUUUGCGGAUAUUUGGGCGCAAUACGACCCGGUCAUCAUUGAUGACGCAACUAGUUUUGAGGGCGCUUCUAAGAAACUGAUCCGAAGUCAUUACCAGAGCUGGAUUGCUGAGCAGGACUAUGGGAGCCACGGCGUGAGGCUAAGAGUUUGUUUGGUGAUUGAUGAAGAGUCAUUACUUGCGUUUCAGAAUAUGUCAUCUCGGGGGGACGAGGAAGAACUUGACCCAACUAGAUUCUUGAAAAUCUUAAACGCCCUGCCAGAACAUGACAAUUUUGACAGUUUCAUGGGUGGCUUCAUGGACUGA